AUGUCAUCAGGUGGAAAAGGAAAAGCUGGAAAAGGAGGAAAGGCUGCUGGAGCUCAUAAAUCAGUUUCUAGAUCUCAUAAAGCUGGUUUACAAUUCCCUGUUGGAAGGGUUUCAAGAUAUUUAAAAUAAGGAAGAUAUACAGAAAGAGUAGGUGCAGGUGCUCCUGUUUAUUUAUCGGCUGUGCUUGAAUAUUUGGCUGCUGAAGUUUUAGAACUUGCUGGAAAUGCUGCAAAAGAUAAUAAGAAGAAUAGAAUUAAUCCAAGACAUAUUCUCUUAGCCGUUAGAAAUGAUGAUGAACUAAAUAAAUUAAUGGCCAAUACAACAAUUGCUGAUGGAGGUGUAUUACCAUAUAUCCCUCCUUAUUUAUACUCAGGUAAAGAAGAUCCAAGCCAAGCAGUUUGA